AUGUCUGAGACUUCCAAUCGCAUUAUCUUCUAUGACAUCGCCAUGCGUCCGCCCGUGGAGAAAAACUGCUGCUCUCCAAACCCCUGGAAAACCCGGCUGGCACUCAACUUCAAGGGCGUUCCAUACUCGACCAAAUGGGUGCCACUGCCUGACGUUGCCAAAGUCCGCAGCAGCCUCAAAGUGCCACCUGUUCGCAAAUUUGCUGAUGGCUCUGACUUCUUUACUCUGCCUAUCAUCGAGGACCCCGCCACCAACUCGUCUGUCGGCGACUCGUACGAUAUCGCAGUAUACCUGCAGAAAACAUACCCAGACUCAGGCGCGGGAGACCUUUUCCCCGACCAGAAGCUCGACUACACCUUCACACCUGAUUCUGCGAUCAAGGUGCCGCUCUCAGACUGCCGCGAGUGCGGGUUCCCCGAGUACGCCAGGUUCAAUGUGAACGUUGACGCAGCCUUUAGCGCUCAUGUGCAGCUUUCGACCCAGGAGUUUCCGUUUGACCCGGCUACAGCUGAAAUCAGUAAGGCUGAGUUUGUCCGGCGCGCUGGUGCUUCUUCCUGGGACGACUUUGCCUUGGUCGGCGAGGCCAGAGAGAAGAUGAAGGAAUCGUUCCGGAAAGCACUCGGCGAUCUGGGUAAACUAUUCCAGAAAGACACCAGUGGGCCUUUCAUCCUUGGUACAAAGGCUACCUAUGCGGACUUGAUGGUCGGAGCAUGGCUGCGGAUGAUGCGCGCGACUUUGCCGGUGAAUGAGUGGGAAGAGUUGAGAAGUUGGCAUGACGGUCUAUUUGGACAAUUGCAUGAUGCCUUGGAGAUAUAUGCGGAGGUGAAAUAG